AUGUCUCUCACCUCUCUUCUCACGUUCCUCUUUCUCUUCCAGUACGCCAUAGCACAAGAUCAGCCCCGCUGCUACUACCCCGACGGCUCCCUCGACACAGACGGCUACGUCUGCAACACCACCGCCGUCCGCACCGGUGGCCACAGCUCGUGCUGCCGCCACGACGAUGCCUGCUACGCCUCCGGAACAUGUCUCCAAGACUGGUCCGGCGUGACCUACCGCCAGAGCUGCACAGACUCCUCAUGGCGGAGCGAGGACUGCCCCAGCCAGUGCCUCAUCCCAGAAGCCAUGGCCGGCGCCAUCUGGAUCCAGUCCUGCAGCAUGAAGAACAAGACCGCGUGCUGCGUGCUUGGGGACACUGGAUCCUGCUGCGAGGGCUCGACGUUCGAGUGGGCGCCGGGGUAUAUCGUCGCUGUCAUCAACGGGGACGGCACGAACCGCCUGACUCCCUACGUUGAUGUCAAUGGCUCGACGCAAGGCGCUACAUCGACAACGGCGGCGCAAACCUCGACGGCCUCUGCUUCCGGCUCAGCCAGCACGACGAGCUCAGACGUCGCGUCUUCCAAUGGCGCUUCAGCAGCAUCAGCAGCAGCAUCGGCAUCAGCAACCGCCUCGCCCACCCCUUCAUCCGCGCCCUCCUCAACCACACCCCGCACAGUCGGCCUCGCCGUCGGCAUCCCCGUCGGCAUCAUCGCGCUCGCCAUCCUCGCCGCCUUCGUCGUCGCAGCCCGGCGGCUCAAACAACAGCGCGCACACACCAAGCACCUGGAGGAGAAGCUCACGUACGCCGAGAUGCAGCGGCAUGGCAGCGGCCAGCACUUCAUGCAGAGUCCGCCGCCCGGGUAUGCGCAGCCGCGGAACGUGCCGUACGAGAUGCCUGGCGAGGUUGCGGCGAGUGAGAUUGGGGGCGAGGGGGCGGGCGGGCUUGUUAGUCCUAGUACGCCGAAGCCGUAG